UAUUUUAAACAAAACUCAAGUGUGUGUUUACCAAAGUACCUGAAUUAUGGCAUUUUCAAUUGGAAGUGAUUUCAGUACCUCAUUUACACAGGACUCUGAUGAAGUUCAGGAAAUGUUUUGUGAACAUUGUGAUAAACAUGACAAGCAAUAUGUUCCUGCUGAGGGAUUUUGUGAAGAGUGUUUCGAGUACUUGUGUGGAACAUGUGUGAAGUUCCAUAAAAGAUUAUUGGUCUCCCAUACUAUCAAGGAUAAGGAUAACAUGCCACAGGAUUUCUGUCUAGAGAAAUGUUCUGUUCAUCAAGAUGAAUUAGUCAAGUUCUAUUGUCAAGCUUGUAAGAAAUUUGCCUGUACUGAAUGUAAGACACAAGACCAUGGGAUCUGUAGUAUGGUCAGCCAUUUGCCAGCUCUUGUUCAAGGAAUUGAAAACAGCCAAGAAAUUAAAGAACUCACUGAAAAUCUUGAUAGGUUAAUGAAAGAUUUGGAAAAUACAGAAAAACAUGUGAACAUAAACAUGAACUAUGUUGCUUCACAAGAAACAAAGAUAUUAGAUACAGUCAUGCAAAAACAGCAAGAAAUAUUGUCAGUGUUCGAAAGGCAUCAGAAUAAAGUAAUUCAUGACUUUGACAAAAAGAUAGAAGAAACCUUAAAAAUACUUAAACAAGAGAAAAAAGAGAAGAUUGAAAAAUUACAAGAGCAUCAAAAUAGAUUAGAAAAGUUAUUUAAUGAUGAGGAAAAUGAAAUAAAGAAGAAAAUUGAAAUCAUAAAAAAGGAUGACGAAGAGGUUUUGCAGGCAAUCACAGAUACAACCUCUAAAAUGAAAUUAAAGUUAAGAACCAUAUCAAAGGAGCUGAUUCAUCACCAAACUACAGAUCAAAGGUGCCAACUGUUUGUUGCUAUGAAGAAAGGUAAAGGAGUUGUGGAACAAUUGAAACCAGAUGCAGAUAAACAAUGUCAGAACAAUUCAAUUCAUUAUUACAAAGUAGAAAGCAAAGCAUCUGAACAAAAUAUAACCAAUUUACAAGACUGUGACAAAUUGUUGACCUAUCAAGAAAUACAUGAGUCUGAAGUACCAAGAACUGCAAGUUAUCACACAGAUGCUAAAUUUAAAUGCUACGGGUUUUCAUCUUUAUGCUUAUUAUCUGAAAACUGUCUUCUGAUUGCUCAUUUUGAUUUUAGAAGCCUGAUUAUAUUCAAGGAUAUGUCAGUCAGCACUUUAUCAUAUGAUAUAAUAUACCUGUAUGCAGAACCAUGGGUUGUUGCUAAAGUUGACAAUAACAAAGUUGCUGUCACAUUUCCUGAAUUUAGACUGUUAAGACUGAUAACAUUCUCUAAGUCUAUGAGUGUGACCAACACUGAAGAUAUAGAAGUAGGAAAAUGUUGUUAUGGUGUUGCCUGUAGUAACAACAAGCUUAUAUUAUCUUACAUAACCAUACCAGCAACAGUGAAGAUAAUUGACAUAUCUGGUAAAGUACUGAAAAUAUUUGAUAAAGAUCAUCAUGGGAAAUAUCUGUUUGCUGAUCCUCAUUUCUUAACAGUCAGUGCAGACAACACUAUUAUAUAUGUAUCUGACUAUAUGAAAAACUGUGUGAUAGGUUUAACCUUUGAUGGGAGAGUCAAUGCCGUUUACGAGGAUGACCAGUUGAAGGAGCCAUGUCAACUAACUGUUGAUAGGUCUGGGGCAGUGUUUGUAUGUGGACGUUGGUCACACAAUAUGCAUCAGUUAUCAUCUGACCUGACCAAGGUGAAGAUUCUACUGGAUAAAGAACAAGGAAUAAAUGGACCAGUAGGUGUGGCAUACUGCCAGAAUACAAACAGAUUAUAUGUGAUUCAAAAUCUUAGUUACAUUAAAGUGUUUGAUUUAUCACUGGAAUAAAAUAAUAUUCUUAUCUGAAUAGCCUGCAGAAAAUACUUGACCAAAGUUAACACUAUUUCAAUAUAAAAUUUUACUCCAUGUUUUUUUAAUGCAGCUUGUAAAUGAUCAAACUAGUCCAGACAUUGUGA